AUGGACGUCGAACCAUACUCUGCCGAAAGCUCUAUUGCUAGUUUCUUUGCAGCUCAUGCACCUGUAACGCGAGAACAAUGCGACGAAUACGCCGUGCACCUUGCCGGGGGCACGGCAACCGCUGUCCCCAUCCAGGGCUCGUUUAGCUACACAGUCAUGGCAGGAGAUGGCAAAACCAAGAUCAUUCAGUUUCGGGAUCCAAGCUCGGACUUGGACAGAAAGGUUUUGGAUCUGGCUGGACGCGUUCAUCAAGGGAUUGUGCCGUCGUAUACUUUUCACGGUCUAUUUUGUGACCGGCUUCCUGUCUAUGCGAUGGAAAAGCUCUCUGGAACUCCUUAUGUUUAUGUUAAACACAUUGAUCCAUUGUCUGAUACAAGUUCAGAACAUUCCACUACUGUGGGAGAUUUUGCCAAGUUCUUUGCGACAUCCUGGAAUCAAGGGCAAGACAUAGACCCAAGUGCAGCAGAAGCCAUGCACCGUGAUUACCAGUCAAGGUUUGAGCUUUUGUCUGAAAAAACUGGUCACAUUACUGGCAUCAUCGACUGGCCCGAGGCUACUAUAUCUCCAUUCGGGAUGUCUCUAUGGGGACUGGAGAACCUUCUCGGCUUCAUGGACCAUAACGGAUGGCACUACUACACCAAUUCUGACACGCUUAGGAGCCUAUUCUGGGAGGAGUUUGAGCGUACGUCAACCAAGAGUCUUUCGUCAGACGAUAAGCGGGCAAUUCAGAUUGCGAGAAUGGCUGGCCUGUUCCUCCUCCACGGGUUUUCCUGGUCGACAGGGGGACGAGAGGUUGUGAAAGAGAGUAGCAUGUCUUUCAAAUAUCUGCAAGCAUUUUGCGCAACAAACGAUUCUAGUUUAUGA